AAACCCCGACACAUCACACACAGUUCAUGCAACUCACAUUUGCCCUCCACCUCCAAAAUUCCAUCCCCCCAAAUCACCGAAUUCCAUCCAAAGUGGAUGUAUUUGAUCCACCCAACCGCAAAAGCCAGCCAACACAAUCAUGUCGGUCCCCUGCCUCCUAUUUCUCUCAGGCUAUGACACCCAAACACCAUCAUGAAUUCACCGCAUCAUUCAGAUAAAUUAAUCCAGAGAUAACCAAAGCUGCGACAUUUAAGAGAAUUCCGCGUGCGCCCCGUGCCAUUAGUUGGUCAUUUUUCUAUUGGACUCCGGCUUCACCUUCCUGAACAACGAGGGACAGUGUUUCUGUUCUGGCUUUGAAAAAGGAGGUGAAGUUGGAGGCAGAAAGCCUAGAGCUUGGGGAUUCUAUCGGAUUCCCAGAAGACAAAUGGCAGGGUUUGUAUAAAAAGAUCCCAACUUUGUCAUCCUCCGCCCCUUCUAUUGUAUCUCCUUUUGCCAUUUUCAUUUUAGAGACCUAAGUGGAAAUCGGACCAAGUUGAAAAAGUCAUGGAUGUAGAGAUUCGUACUCGCUUUAAGACAAUCUGUGUCUACUGUGGGAGUAACUCCGGCAAUCGAGCGGUGUUCAGCGAUGCUGCUCUCGAUUUGGGCCGAGAACUGGUGAAGAGAAGAAUAGAUUUGGUUUACGGUGGAGGAAGUGUGGGAUUGAUGGGUUUGAUCUCCCAAACUGUUCAUGAUGGGGGUUGUGAUGUUCUUGGGAUCAUUCCCACGGCUCUUAUGCCUAUGGAGAUAUCUGGUGAGACCAUUGGAGAAGUAAAAAAGGUUUCUGAUAUGCAUGAGAGAAAGGCUGAAAUGGCGCGACGAUCGGAUGCAUUCAUCGCUCUUCCUGGAGGAUAUGGAACAAUGGAGGAGCUCUUGGAGAUGAUAACAUGGUCACAACUAGGAAUACAUGAUAAACCUGUUGGUCUGUUAAAUGUUGAUGGAUAUUACAAUCCCUUGCUUGCAUUAUUUGACAAAGGUGUAGAAGAAGGCUUCAUAAAGACUUCUGCAAGAGAAAUUGUUAUUUCUGCUGCAAAAGCAAAUGAACUGCUUGAAAAAAUGGAGCAAUACACGGCGCAACAUGACCAAGUCGCAACUAGGAAAAGUUGGGAGCUUUCUCAUCUUGGCUAUUCCUCACCACCAAUUUAACAUUAGUUUCUGAUUUUUCAGGCUAUAAUAUGUUAGAUUUGAUGUGAUUUUUUUAACAUAAUUUGUAUCUGAGAACACAAAUGAUCAUAUAUUGCACAUCAAAUGACUACCUUUCGGCUGAUUGAAAUUUCAAUAAAAUGAUUUCUCUCUUGUUCAGCUUAUGAGCGAAAGCUAAAUCCCAGAUGAUUCGGACAGCAUAUUUCUGAUACGAUGUUGUAUUAUUGAUUCCAAUUUGAAUUUUAUGUCCUGUCUCCUUUUGAGGAGAUGUUUAUUCUGUUCAAUGCCAUAUUUGUUAUGCAGGAAAUAUUUAUUUUGAAAUUUUG